AUGGAUAUUUCAAAAGGCAAAAGUAAGCUGCUUGAGUCUGAAUUUGUGGAUGUCGCUCUGCUUCAAAACAGAGUUUUUGAUUUGGAACAGAGCUCAGCUAAAAAGGAUUUGAUUAUUGGAAGGCAGGACAUUAGAAUCAGUGAUCUUGAAAAAGAGAAAUCCAUUAAAGAUGGAAUGAUUUCCGAACUUCAAGAAAAUCUUGGUGGUCUAACUACCUUGUUCUCUGACCUGAAACAACACAUACAUCAAAAGUUUGGUGAUGAUUUUCAACCAUUAAGCGCUGAAGGAGAAAAUAUUUAUGCUUCUAGUUCUGGUCCAGUCAAUCCAACUUCUCAACCUACAAGUGAAAGAGUUGUAAGACCUGAUCCAGAUGCAAAUCUUGACACAUUUUUAUCUUAUGGUCCUGCUUCUUCUCAAGAAAGAAGAGAGAAGCAAAUCAGGGGAGACUGGGAAGAAAUUAACAGAUAA